AUGGCUUCCGAUGACAUAUUCCUUCAUUAUACAGUCCAAGAGGAUAAUACAUGUGGACAGUGUAGAAAAAGUAGAAGCCCAAGUGAUUCUCCUAGUAGGAUUAGUAAGAGCACCAAAACCAGUAAAGUUAAUAACUGUAGCAAAUGUUCCAGCCACUGUGGAAGUGUUCAGCUUAACUAUUCCAAUGACUUUCAUGAUAAUGCUUCAAGAAGGGCUGUCAGUGGCAGCAGCAACAGCAUUUGUUCAGAACAGAACAACUGUGCAAGUUCUCAGAACUACUAUUACGAAGAUUUUCACACAGAUUCCUCUGAAACCUCCACAAGCAAUAGUGGUAGCAGCUGCAUCAUCCCAUUGCAACAGCAGCCAGAAACUAAAGGGCAGAACUUACCAGAGAAGAAAAAGGAAAAUGAUCUCCAAGCAAAAGUCUUAUAUGCCAUCUAGAUUUAUUUUGUUUAUGUAGGAGGUAAAACUUUGCCUAAAAAGAAACAUCAGCAGAAGACCACAUUUGCUACUGACCGUAUUAUCAAUUCUCAGAAGAACAAUAACAUAGCUCGGCGUUUAUUGUCAGCGAGAGCCCAUAAAGUUAAAGAGCUGAAAAAUGAAGUGGCCGUUCUGCAGAAUAAAUUGGAAGCAUCUAAUAUGGAAAAUCAAAUCUUGAAGCGUCUUCAGUAUCGACAUUUGAAAGCAAUCAGUAAAUAUGAAAAUUCAGAGACCAACCUGCCUGAUCUUUUGGCCAAGCAGUGUGGCGAAGUACGGACUCUGAGAGCACUUCUCAGGCGAUCUCAAGAACAAGAGCGUAAUGCAUCCAGGAAGCUGAGAGAAGUUGAGACACAACUGUUAAAAACAAAGGACACCUUGCAGGCACUGCAAAAACUUUCUGAAGACAAGAAUCUUGCAGAGAGAGGAGAACUUAAGCGUAGAUUAACAUCACUUGCUCAAAGAAUGGAGGCUGGUGAUAAGAGAAUCCAGGGUCUAGAAAAGCAGCUGUUGUUGAAUAAUACUUCCUUUAGUCAUCAAUUAGCAGUUGAGAAGAAAAAGACAAUUGAAGCUCGGUCGAUCACCACAAAUUUGCAAAUGGAAAUCAAGUUGCUGAACCAAAAAAUUAAGGAAAAAGAACGAGAACUGGGCAUAAGAAAUAUUUAUGCAAACCGGAUGCUUAAAGGUCAGCCAGAGAAAGGUGAUUCACAUUCUUCCCCAAAAGAUGUUAAUGUCAGCAAAUCAAUACAAGUAAACCUUAGUGUCGAAACCUCGACUCUUCAGAAGCCUGAACCUGAAAGUGCAGUGACCUUCCAAGAGGAAUUGAGAACCAAUAUAGGUGUAGAAGACUUAUGUGAAGUACAUAAAAAGACUGAACAGGAAACAGUUCUUCUGGCUGAAAAUUUACCAGUGCAAGAAAUUUCAGAUAGGACAUGCACAGAAUUACAAAGGGAAGAGAUCGGCCCAAGGGUAGAAAAAAAUAUCCAAUAUGAAAAUGUAGAAAGACAGAAGAAUAGGAGAGAAAGGCAAGGGCUAGACUUAUUGAAAGAAGAGUUUGAGAAAUUAAGGACAGAACCAUCAUUUCUUUCUAUGCGUCACGUUCAGCCAAAAGAAAUCAAUUUGGAAGAAUCUGCAGUUGAAAGGCAGGAAAAUGAAGGGAACAAAGAGUCAAAAGAAGCUGUUUGUGACAAAUUAACAACAGUAAUCCCAAGAUAUAGAACACCAUCUAAAUUUAAAAAACAGUAUGUAUUUACAGAGGCCAUUGAAAAUCUGCAUCAGGGAUACCCCUCAACAGGUCCAUUAUUCAACACAAAUGUAACAUGCAGUAGCAGGCAGAAGAACCAGCAUCAGAGUGAAAUAGCUGAGUUUAAGACAGGAGAUUCAAUCAGUACUUAUGAGCCAUCAUUUGGCAAGGUUCCCAAGGCAAGACAAAAGGACAACCGCUCAGCUCAUGGUGAAGACUACAUUCCUAACAUAGCUAUGGAAAAGAAAAACACUCUGAUGGAAGAACUCUUUGGUCCAAGCUGCAUCUUAAAUAACAGUCAUCCAAGCUCUAAUUUAAACACAGAGGGUAAGGAAAAAAAAACUUUGCAGAGUAAAAAACCCUAUGAUGAGAUUUCAUACACAAAUGAUGGCUUGCAGUGUGGUGAUUCCAAUCAAGCCCAUAUAAAUGUUUUUCAGAAAAUUGCCUUCUUGGACAAUCUUAAUUAAUUGUUUUACUUUUU